CCCAGCUUCAGUUUUUCUGCUCCACCUUGGCAGCCUGUGGCACACAUAAUAUCCCUUGUUGGCAGGCUACAAUCCAUGCACUUGAUAACUGGCCCCAGGCCCUGAUUUCUCUACUUGUAGUCUCUAUUGAAGCUUAGACUUCACAUCUACAGAGUCAUACAAUAAAUACCCUCCUAGUGUGUAAUCUCCUUCAGCCUAGAUAGGCUGGUUCAGACUGUAUACACCACUGAGGCGGGGCUACCUGCUGUGCUGCUUCUCAUCACUCUCCUUUGAUGUGACACUUCCUGCCACCUGCCUGAGGCUGAACUGGUUCUCCAAGAUUUUCCGGAGUUAGCUGCAAACUGUGAAGUUGCUCCAGUUGCCUCCCAGGCUUGAACCCAGACAUGAGAGCCGCAGGCCGGCCCCAACAAUUUGGCAAACCAACACGGGACCUGGGAAUGGCAGAGAAUGCUAGAAGAAACACUGCUGGUAUGGAGCCCUACAGAUAGAAAAUUCGUACCGGAAUUCGGAGAAGCAACGGGCAAAGGUUGCUAAGUCCACACCACUGCAGAGAUGGAAAGGGGAUAACCUGCUUACAAGAUUACUGCCACAGAGGAGGAAAUCAAAGACAAAAGCCAAGAGAGGGAAUCAGGAGCUGAGAGGAGGAGUCAAGGAAAAAGGCUUAAGUAUUAAAGUCCAUUCUGGAGCAGCUCAGUUGAAAGGCAGCCUGGGACAGAAUCUCUGCUUUCAGUCUGUGAAGGCUCCUGCUCCUGCUCCUGCUCUGACCUUGGGAACCUAACAAACAGGAUCUUGGAGCUGCUGGUGAUUUUCCUGGAAACAUUUGUAACCUUCUUCUAUUCUUCUUCUUUUUUUAAAGUAUAGAAUGGAGUUUAUUCAGGGCAUGGGGAGGGGAGUUAAGAGGGUAGUAGAGACAGAGAGAGGGAGAGAGUAGAGAAAUAGAGGCUGGCCAUGAACAGGUCAUGAACACGUGGUGAGAUGGGGGAAGGGAAUAGGGAAGGGAAGGGGGAAGGGAAGAGUCCAAGAAGGCAAGAGAGCAAGAGCCAUUUGUAACUUUCAACACGUUAUGGUGUUUUGUAUGAUAGAAAUUUGCAAGCUACAGGUAAAUCUGCAGUGCUUUGCCAUUGUUCCUUAAAGGCAAGACAUCCUGUCCUACACUGUGCAUCUGAAUUCAUGGAAAUGUCUAGGAGGGAAGCCUAGUCAAUAUCUGUCGCCUCAGACAAAUAUGGCGCACCAGAAAUAGAAGAAAGCAAAACAUUUUCCCAGCUUUUGAGUUACAGAAAAUCUUCUGGGAGAUAUCCAUUACCAAGGCAUAUAGGGGGAGGAAGCGCCCCUUAACACCUUGAUGAUGAUCAAGUUGAUAGCCACACCUUCAAAUGCCCUUGUGGAUGAGCCUGUGUCCAUUCGAGCAACAGGCCUGCCUCCAUCGCAGAUAGUGACCAUCAAGGCAACAGUGAAAGAUGAAAAUGACAAUGUGUUCCAAUCCCAAGCCUUCUACAAGACUAACGAGGCUGGUGAGGUGGACCUGGAGAAGACACCGGCCUUGGGGGGUGACUAUGUAGGGGUCCACCCAAUGGGCCUCUUUUUCUCUCUGAAACCCAAGAAGGCUUUCCAUAGGCUGAUGAAGAAAGAUGUGAUGAACAGCCCCUUUUGCAUCUGUUUGGACCUGUACGACUCUGUUAACUGGCUAGAAACAGUCAGGAUUCCAUCCAAGGCCAGCCAGAGAGUGCAGCGCUGGUUUGUUGGCCCUGGGGUUAAGCGGGAACAGAUUCAAGAAGGUCGGGUUCGGGGAGCCCUUUUUCUCCCUCCAGGGAAAGGUCCUUUCCCAGGAAUUAUUGAUUUGUUUGGUGUCAUUGGGGGUCUAGUUGAAUUUCGUGCCAGUCUUUUGGCUUCCCAUGGCUUUGCAGUGCUGGCGUUGGCGUAUUUUGCCUAUAAAGACCUGCCUGAGAAACUGCAAGAGGUGGACUUGGAGUAUUUUGAAGAAGCUGCCAACUUCCUACUAUCUCACCCCAAGAUCCAACAGCCAGGAAUUGGUGUGAUCUCCACGAGCAAAGGAGCAGAGAUUGGGCUAGCUAUGGCCUGUUACCUGAAGCAGGUGAUUGCCACGGUCUGCAUAAAUGGGGCCACCACCACCACAGCCGUCCCACUAAGAUACCAGGAUCUGGUUGUGACACCCAUCCAACAGGCUCUGGAACGGAUGGAGGUCCAUGUUUCAGGGGCUGUAUGCUUCCGUCACACUACACAAUAUCUCCAGAAUAAGAAUAUACUUCCCGUGGAAAAGGCCCAGGGGAAGAUCCUCUUCAUUGUGGGAGAGAAUGAUGAAUUGUUGGAUAGCAAGUUACAUGCACAGAGGGCCAUGGACCGGCUCCGGAGGCAUGGAAGAAGCAGUGGAAGGAUGCUGGCAUACCCUGGGGCAGGCCACCUCAUAGAGCCACCUUAUUCUCCCCUUUGCUUUGCAUCCUGGCAACCUGUCCUGGGUCGACCCAUGUGUUUUGGAGGAGAUCUCAUGGCUCACGCAGCAGCCCAGGAACACUCCUGGAGAGAGAUCCAAAAGUUCUUCAGGAAACACCUCCUUCAAUCCGGAAGCAAACUCUAAAUAGAGUGUCCAUGCCAGAGUAAAGUGCUGUAGCGAAAAUGCUGGAAUUGUUGUAGGGAUAAAAACAUCAGAUGGGAAUUGCUGGGAAAGGGUAGGGAUGGGGGUCAGAAUUCUCCUGGCUUUCUUUUUUUUUUUUUUUUUUUUUUUUUUUUCUCCUGGCUUUCUUACACUCACAUUCACACCAAUUCCAUUGGAAGGAAAUGAGAUAAACGAAAAGACCAAGAUACACGUGCAUCUGAUAUGUUCCUGAUAAAUCUGUAUGUAGUUUGCAAUUUUCUUUUCUGUUUUUUAACGGUCACAAGAAGUUUUUGGUUUUGUUUUUGAUUUUUAAUCUUUUUUUUUAUAGCUCAGAUUUCAUUCCCCUCCUGGACCACCUUCUGACUGUUCCAUAUCCCAUACCUUUCCCUAACCUCCCAUCUCCAUUAGGAUGUCCCCAGUCACAAGCCCCUGACCCAUCAGACCUCCCCACUCCCUGGGGCCUCAAGUCUCUUGAGGGUCAGUUAGGUGCAUCUUCUCUGACUGAGUCCAGACCCACCAGUCCUCUACUAUAUAUGUAGUGGGGGCCUCAUAUCAGCUGAUGCAGGCUGCUGGUUGGUGGUCCAGUGUUUGAGAUAUCUCAGGAGUUCAGGUUAGUUGAAACUGCUGGUCCUCCUACAGAGUUGCCCUCCUCACCUUCUUCCAGCUUUUCUCUAAUUCAACCACAGGAGUCAGCAGCUUCUGUCCAUUGGUUGGGUGCAAAUAUCUGCAUCUGACUCUUUCAGCUUCUUGUUGAGUCUUUCAGAGGGCAGUCAUGAUAGGACCCUGUUUGUAAGCACACCACAGCAUCAGUAAUAGUGUCAGGCCUUGGGGCCUCCCCCUAGGCUGGAAUCUAUUUUGGACCUGUAGCUGGACUUCAUUUUCCUCAGGCUCAUCUUCCUUUUUGUCUCUGCAGUUCUUUCAGACAGGAACAAUUAUGGGUCAGAGUUUUUGACUGUGGGUUGGCAACUCCAUCCCUCACUGGAUGCCCUGUCUUUCUCCUGGAGGUGGGUUCUACACGUUCCCUUUUCCCGCUGUUGGGCAUUUCAUCUAAGCUGCCUCCCUUUGAGUCCUGAGAUUCUCUCACCUCCCAGGUCUCUGGUACAUUCUGGAGGAUCCCUGCACCUCUUUCUUCCCAAGGUUGUUUGUUUCUAUUCUCUCUGAUAACCCCGAGGGCUUCUCCCCACCCCAAAUACCUGAUCAUAUCACCCCUUUCUCCUCCCAGUCCCCAUUCCCUCCCAGGUCCUUCCCUUCCUCCCCUCUCCUGUGAUUGUUUUCUUUCCCCUCCCAAGUGGGAUUGAGGUGUCCUCACUUGGGUCUUUUGACUUGUUAACAUUUUUUAGUUCUUUGGAUCAUAUCCUGGGUAUUCUGCACAUUUUUUGGGGGGGUGCUAAUAUCAACCUAUUAGUGAGUACAUACCAUGCAUGUCCUUUUGAGUCUGAGUCACCUCACUCAGAAUGAUUUUUCUAGUUCCAUCCAUUUGCCUGCAAAACACAGUAUGUCCUUACCCCUAAUAGCUGAGUAGUAUUCCGUUCUGUAAAUGAACCACAUUUUCUGUAUCCAUUUUUCUGUUGUGGGACUUCUGGGUUGUUUCCAGCUUCUGGCUAUCACAAACAAGUCCUCUGUGAACAUAGUGGAACAUGUACCCCUGUGUCAUGGUUGGAGCAUCUUUUGGGUAUAUACCCAAGAGUGGUACAGCUGAACCUUUAGGUAGAUCUAUUUCCAAUUUUCUGAGGAACCUCCAGAUUGAUUUUCCAGAGUGCUUGUACUAGUUUGCAAUCCCAACAGCAAUGGAGGAGUGUUCCUUUUCAGCACAUCCUUGCCAACAUGUGCUGUUAUCUGAGGUUUUGAUCUUAGCCAUUCAGAUUGGUGUAAGGUAGAAUCUCAGGGUUUUGAUUUACAUUUCCCUGAUCACUAAAGACUUUGAACAUUUCUUUAAGUGCUUCUCAGCCUUUCAAGAAUCCUCUGUUGGGAAUUCUCUCUUUAGUUCUGCACCCCAUUUUUUGAUUGGGUCGUUUGCUUUUUUGGUGGUUAGAUUCUUGCGUUCUUUAUAUUUUUUGGAUAUUAGCUCUCUAUCAGAUGUGGGGUUAGUGAAAAUUUUGUUUCCUAAUCUGUAGGUUAUGGAUUUUCCCUAUUGACUGUGUCCUUUGCCUACAGAAACUUUUCAGUUUCAUGAGGUCCCAUUUAUCAGUUCCUGAUCUUAGAGCAUAAGCCACUGGAGUUCUGUUUAGGAAAUUUCCCCUGUGCCAAUGGGUUCAAAGCUCUUUCCCACUUUCUGUUAUAUUAGAUUCAGUGUAUCUGGUUUUAUGUUCAGGUCCUUGAUGUACUGGGACUUGAGCUUUGUGUAAGGUGACAAAUAUGGAUCUAUUUUCAUCUUUCUACAUAUAGACUACCAGUUCAACCAGCACCAUUUUUUGAAGAUUUUUUUCCAUUGUAUAUUUUUGCUGUCUUUGUCAAAGAUCAAGGGUGCAUAAGUGUGUGGUUUUAUAUCUGGGUCUUCAGUUCUAUUCCAUUGAUCAAUGUGUCUGUCUCUAUACCACUAAUUUUAAUUAUUUUUGGUUGCAAGGUGUCUUACUCAAGGUUUUUAUUCCUGCACUAACAUCAUAACCAAGAAACAGUGGGGAGGAAAGGUUUAUGCAGCUUACACUUUCCACAUUACUCUCUGAAAACACUUCCCAGAAUAUUUCACCUCAAUGAUGCUGGUCUCUUCUUAAUCACAGCUAAUUUCUUAGCUCCAGCUAACCAGCAUCAAUAGUCCCAGUAAUGCAAGGUUUUCACUUUAGUAGUUCUGGUAUCUUGUUAAUCACAGCCAACUCUUCAGCCCCAGCUAACCAGAACCAUAGAAUCUUCACAAUCAAAUACCAAUGGCUCUGUGAAGAGUCUUUAAUCUUCCCUCUGAAAUUUCACAAGCCAGGCCUCCAUCUUCUGCACUGUUCUCAACAUUAUCUUCCAAACUCCUACAUAACAUUUGACAGAGCCCUUAACACGAAAUGGAUCUUCUAGCCCAAAGUUCCACUUUAUCAUAGAAAUACCCCACUCAGCUGGUACCAAUUUGCCUUAGUCAUGGUUUCUAUUCCUGGACAAAACAUAAUGACCAAGAAGCAGUUGGGGAGGAAAGGGUUUAUUCAUCUCACACUUUCCACAUUGCUGUUGAUCACCAAAGGAUGUCAGGACUGAAAUUCAAGCAAGCCAGUAAGUAACAUCCCUCCAUGGCCUCUGCAUCAGCUCCUGCUUCCUGACCUGCAAUUAUACAAAGGGCAUCCUACAUUUUCAGGUUUGGCCUGCCUUCCAAUCUCUUGUCAAAUUCAAGUUGCUAAAAUAAAAUAUACGGUGGGUCUUGGAUUCUUCAUUUAGACAUGUUUUAAGAAGUUUUGUAGACACACUCUAAACAGAAUGGAAAGUAACACCCACACACUGCAACUGAAGAAUUCCCGCUUCUAAGAAGAUAAAAGGAUAAAGGACCAGCAUCCACAGGAAGAGAACAUUCCUCAGUAACUUGGGACAAGUUUCCUGUACAUCGUAUAUUGAAAUUGAUUUACAAAUCCACAAAAAGGACUUUUAAUAAAAGCAGCUGACAAAAGAACUAUCAACGUCAUGGUAAAACAGCCGUAUCUGUUCAUACUAUUCUGUGGUAGAAGUCUGACAUAGAACCAUAGGAAAAUGCCCUUAUUGUUACAUUCUUGAACUUUGUAAAAUGAACAAACAAACAAACAGAAAAUCAACUUAUAGUCUAAUUGUUUCAAUUCUUACUAAAAUAAACAAAAGACUGAAAUGA